UGUCACGGGAUUCCCCGUUCCUGUUCUCAUAGUUAUGUCAUAUGCUUGCGGUUAUGCAUACGUCAUAGGGUCUGAUCAUACGUCUAUGGUCAUGCUUACGCAUAGGCCUCUGCUCCAGUACUUAAGGUCUGGUUGCACGCCCAUUCCUGUCAUCUAGCUCUUGCUCUCGUUGUAGCAAUAUCGAUCUUGUAUGUGCGAGCUGACCAGCCCUUGGGUGGUGCCCGUCACACCCUACCCACCGUACAACCAGCCGAUCUGUCAUUGGCCGAAACUUGACGAAAGGUGUCACGGGCGGGACAGGCUGAUAGUCCAAUGGCAGUUGUAUUCGUGCUAAGCUACAAUCUGGGCUCUAUUCCGUCAGGUACGGGCAGGCUUGAUUGUCAAGACGUAGCUCGAGGAGCUACGAACAGAUCUCGCGGCAGCGAGGUGCAGAAUCUUCAACCCACAGGGGCCCGUGCUUUCCACAUGCCGGGUUCCACCCAUGGGUCCUGGCAGGCACGGCGCAAUCGCCGUGACAAAAGGGCACUAGAAAGGCACGAGGGCCUCACGAAGACCGAGAGCUCUCUAUUAACCCAGGCCCAGACCAGCGCUAUAGGCCUUAAAGACUUCAUCUUCUGGGCCAGGGUCUCUCGAAUACCUACCUUCUAUUGCGAAUGCGGCCAGGGCAGGAAAACAGUGGAACACUUAGCUGUGUGGUGCCGCUAACCACCGAAGCUAAGGACCUGGCCGGCUAUAGAGAUACGCUCGCAGAGAGACCUGUACAGAGCUCUCGACAGAUGGGAAACCAAAGAGAGAAGGCUUGCAAGGAAGGUGAUGAGGUAGCUACUAUGCUCUGGGAGGCUCCUGGAAUAUAGGCUAGCUGCACGACUAGAACUAGGCUAGUUCGCUAGCCUAGUCAGCUAUUUACACCUUUCUUUUCGCUGUAGUAGGUAGAUUCAGGACUUCAGACUGGUA